AUGAUUGACGUAUUCCUGUUGUGUGUUGCCUGGCAGGUCACUAUCCCCCUGAGUCACCUGAUCAAUGCCGUCCAAUACUUGAAGACUGCAGUGGGCAGCAGCAAUGCCGCUGCUAAACCUCAGCAUAGAGAGCAUGCCUUGGAACAGGACUUGCAGAGCACAGAGCUCACGUGGAGCCUGAGGGACCUGGGCCUGUCUGACCUGGGCGUGGGGCAGCUGGAUGAGCUAAUAAGCGCUAUGGUACCACGUCUGAGUCAACAGGGGUCGCUGUCCUCAUCCAGCCCCAGCCAACAGGCCUGGGGGACCUCUCACCUCUCCUCACAUUCCUUCUUCCACAACAAGCAUGGGUUCUCUGGUGGUAAAAUGGGAACCUCCUACCCUGUUUUCUGCAAACAGAUCCCUUCCCCUCUUCAGGCAGUUUGUACAGAGCUCCGCUAUUGGCCAGUGUGGAUCCAGAACAGAGGCUUUAAAACUCUAGGGAAACACAAGCGACUGCAGGCAGGCUUUGAGCGUCCCAUUGAAUCAGAUGGCUUUACACCCUCCUUUAUGAAGGGCCUCCUGACACGUGAUAAGGGGAUGGAGGUGGAAACCUUGGACAAGCUUAUGAAGAACAAGAAUAUUCCUGAUGGGCAGCAAGAUUCUUUUAAGACCGGGUUUGCUGAGGGCUUCCUGAAAUCCCAAGCUCUGACACAGCGCACACAAGACUCUCUGAGGAGGACGAGGCUGGUCCUGCUGGUCCUGUUGCUCCUGGGACUCUACGGCCUCUCCAAGACGCCCUUCCUAUCGGUACGAUUCCGAACCACAUCAGGCCUGGACUCAGCGGUGGACCCUGUCCACAUGAAGAACGUGACGUUUGAGCACGUCAAAGGGGUGGAGGAGGCCAAGAACGAGCUGCAGGAGGUGGUGGAGUUCCUCCGGAGCCCAGAGAAGUUCACCGUCCUCGGAGGGAAACUGCCGAGAGGGAUCUUGCUGGUUGGCCCUCCUGGUACUGGGAAGACUCUGUUGGCCAGAGCUGUGGCUGGAGAAGCCAACGUACCAUUUUAUUAUGCCUCUGGCUCUGAGUUUGAUGAGAUGUUUGUGGGGGUUGGAGCCAGUCGCAUCAGGAACCUCUUCAAGGAAGCCAAAGCAAACACGCCGUGCGUGAUCUUCAUUGACGAGUUGGACAGCGUUGGAGGGAAGAGGAUCGAGUCUCCCAUGCACCCCUACUCCAGACAGACCAUCAACCAGCUACUGGCUGAGAUGGACGGGUUCAAACCAAACGAAGGGGUCAUUAUCAUUGGAGCGACAAACUUCCCCGAGGCUUUGGAUAACGCUCUGAUUCGACCGGGACGUUUCGACAUGCAGGUCACCGUUCCCAAGCCAGAUGUGAAAGGGCGCACAGAGAUCCUCAACUGGUACCUUAGGAAGAUUAAAGUAGACCCUGAUGUGGAGGCUGGGAUCAUUGCCAGGGGAACAGUGGGCUUCUCCGGGGCCGACCUGGAGAACCUGGUCAACCAAGCGGCUCUGAAGGCGGCGGUGGACGGCAAAGACAUGGUGACCCUCAAAGAGCUGGAGUUCGCCAAGGACAAGAUCCUCAUGGGCCCAGAAAGGAGGAGUGUGGAGAUAGAUAAAAAGAACAAGGAGAUCACGGCGUACCACGAGUCUGGCCACGCUAUCGUGGCGUACUACACCAAGGAUGCCAUGCCCAUCAACAAGGCCACCAUCAUGCCCAGAGGACCUACGCUGGGUCAUGUGUCCAUGCUCCCAGAUGACGACCGCUGGAGUGAGACGCGUGCUCAGCUGCUGGCCCAGAUGGAUGUCAGCAUGGGAGGCCGCGUGGCAGAGGAGAUCAUAUUUGGCAAUGAGUUCAUCACCACUGGUGCAUCAAGUGACUUUGAUGCUGCCACCAGAAUUGCAAAAAUGAUGGUGACCAGAUUUGGUAUGUGUGAGAGGCUGGGUGUCAUGACCUACACUGACCAAACCAAGCAGAGCCCAGAGACACAGGCUGCCAUCGAACACGAAGUCAGGAAACUUUUAAAGGAUUCGUACGAGCGAGCCAGGGCUCUCCUCAAGUCUCACGCAAAAGAACACCAGAACCUAGCCAACGCCCUGUUGCAAUAUGAGACGCUGGAUGCCAGAGAGAUCAAGAUGGUCCUGGAGGGCAAGGGCCUGGAGACAAGAUGAGACUUCCAAGGGUGGAGGUGUCACGGUUUAAUUUGGGAGAUCGGGUGAGGGGUGGGAAGACGAUACAUCACUGUCCACGGUAAUUUCACAGUCUACGCAAACAGAGCUACGGAGCUGUACGUGUGUAUGUACAGUGUCUUCAGGAAGUAUUCACAGCCUGAAUUUAAAACAGAUUAAAUUAAGUUUUUGUGUCACUGGCCUACACACAAUACCCCAUAAUAUAUAAAAGUGUAUUUAUGUUUACAAAUUAGAUUUUUUUAAAUGAAAAGCUGAAAUGUCUUGACUCGAUAAGUAAUCAACCCCUUUGUUAGGGCAAGCCUAAAUACGUUCAGGAGUAAACAUGUGCUUAAUAAAUUGCAUAGAUUCACUCUGUGCAAUAAUAGUGUUUAAUGUCAUUUUUGAAUGACUACCUCAUCUCUGUACCCCACACACCUACAAUUGUCUGUACGUUCCCUCAGUCAUGCAGUACAUUUUAUACACUGAUUCAACCACAAAGACCAGGGAGGUUUUCCAAUGCCUCUCAAAGAAGGGCACCUAAAAAAGCAGACAUUGAAUAUCCCUUUGAGCAUGGUGAAGUUUAUUAAUUACACUUUGGAUCAAUAUACCAAGUCACUACAAAGAUACAGGUGUCCUGCCCAACUCAGUUGCUGGAGAGGAAGGAAACCGCUCAGGGAUUUCACCAUGAGGCCAAUGGUGACUUUGAAAUGGUUACAGAGUUUAAUGGCUUUUUUAGAACUGAGGAUGAAUCAACAACAUUGUAGUUACUCAACAAUACUAACCAUAAUGACAGUGUGAAAAGAAAGCCUGUAUAGAAUAAAAAAUAUUCCAUAACAUGCAUCCUUUUGGCAAACAAAGCACUCAAGUAAUACUGCAAAAAUGGGGCCAAGAAAUUAACUUUAUUUCCUGAAUACAAAGCAUUAUGUUUGUGGCACAGUACAUCAGAGUACCACUCUUCACAUUUUCAAGCAUGGUGAUGGCUACAUCAUGUUAUGGGUAUGCUUGUCACCGGAAAGGACUAGGGACUUGUUGUUUUUUUAAGGAGAAAAAGAAACUGAAGUGAGCUAAGCACAGGCAAAAUCUUAGAGGAAAACCCAGUUCAGUCUGCUUUCCAACAGACACUGAGAGACAAAUUCACAUUUCAGCAGGACAAUAACCUCAAACACAAGGCCAAAUAUGCACUGGAGUUGCUUACCAAGACAACAUUGAAUGUUCCUGAGUGGCCAAGUUACAGUUUUAGCUUAAAUCUGCUUGAAAAGCUAUGGCAAGAAAAUGGCUGUCUCGUAAUGAUCAACUUGAAUAAUUUUUAAAAAUUAUAAUGUGCAAAUAUUAUACAAUCCAGGUGUGCAAAGCUGUUAGACUUACCCAGAAAGACUCGGCUGUAAUCGCUGCUAAAGGUGAUUCUAACAUGUAUUGAUGUGAAUACUUAUAUACAAAUGAGAUUUUUUUUUUUUUACAUGUUUUCACUUUGUUUUUCUGUUUGAAGAUGGAUGAGGAAAAAAAUUAUAUUUAAUCCAUUUUGAAUUCAGACUGUAACACAACAAAAUGUGGAAUAAGUCAAAGGGUGUGAUGAACACUUCCUGAAGGCACUGUGUAUAUGUAAAUAUGUGUUAAAUGUUUUAUGCUCAGUAAAAGUCCAAGUCCAUUGAUUCAAUGCCUUGCUCUAGACCUCCAGAAUCACAAUGAAACCAUCUAUCCUCCAUAAAAAUACAUUUGUUUCUACCUGUGACUUCCAAUCAUGUCUCUCAUAUGGAAUCUGAUUCUCCCUAAGUAGUCUACUAAUAAAUUGCUGUUUUAAAGGUGGCCUUUUGGGAAUGUACACGUGCAUGGAUUAGGAACGGAGGGUAGGGUAGCCUAGUGGUUAGCAACCGAAAGGUUGCAAGUUCAAACCCCCGAGCUGACAAGGUACGAAUCUGUCAUUCUGCCCCUGAACAGGCAGUUAACCCACUGUUCCUAGACCAGUUAACCCACUGUUCCUAGACCAGUUAACCCACUGUUCCUAGGCCGUCAUUGAAAAAAAUAAUUUGUUCUUAACUGACUUGCCUAGUUAAAUAAAGGUAAAAUAAAAAGGGACUGUUUGGACUUAACCCUCAAUUCUAAUGUCUCUCAGUCUGAAAAUGUACUUGAUUAUUAUGUGAUAAAAUAUGUAGCUGCUGUGUAUAUAGACGGAAGGCAAUGCUGCUGUGCUUUGAAAAAAUGCUUUUGUUACUUCAAACCCAACUUCGGUGUAUUAAGCAGUGACGGGCCAUUAAAUCCUUGUCGUUUUUGGUUUCAAUACAGCCAACAUUCGUUCAUCCAUUUUAAUUACGAAAUAACUCAAGUUAUCUGGUUUCUAGGUCUAAACAAUUGUCAAAGUAACAAUGAAACCUAGAAGACCCUUACAACCCCUCAUCCUGGUUCACCCCACUUCUGCUGUGUACUCACAUCUGAACACCAGCUGUGUCUACCGUUUCCUCAGAUCUGUGAAUCUCUUCUUUACAUGUCCUCACCUUGUAUGUUUUUAAACACAGAAGCACAGAACCUCGUGGUGUAAGCAAGGACCGUCAUAGUCAUUUGCUGAUGUGUAAGCCUUUAACUUGUUAAGGGAAACGGUCGAAUGCAUCUGUAGACAAUACUCAAUCGCUUCAACAAUCUAGUAUCUCCAUCUUUGGUUAGCAUGAACGCUUUAUGAAAGAACGUUGAAAUGUCUUCUAAUGUCGAGUUGAAAACGUUCAGAUUGCGAAACAAUGGAGGUUUUAAAGACCAUACCUUUUUUUUAGCAUUUAAGAAUAAACUUUUCUUUAGAGGCAAAUAUUAUUAUGAUGAUACACUGUGCAAUUGGUUAUACAGUAUAUAACCAGCGUAACUUAUUGGUAUGCUUUGUACAUUUGAGUGUUUUACUUGUCUAAGUGACACAUUUCGAGCUCCUAUUUUUGGCCUUUUUACCCACCUUUAGUUGUAUAUAUGAACGGGGUUUAACGGGAACACUGUAUAUAGCUAGAAGGCUUUUGAGCAGCGUAUGCAUUGACUGGCUCUACAAUUGACUGACACGCUUUUUAUUCUCGCAAUGAUAUGACGACAGACGUUGGGAGGAAUUUUAUGUGCAGCCGAAGGAAAUAAAUGAAACCCUAUUAUUAUAAUCUUAA